UCUUAUGUGCUGCUUUUUAAAAGCCGAGUGUGCUGCAGUUGCUCCAACUGUCCGGUGGAUGUCGCGUUAACUCCUGGAAAUCCCACUUCCAACCUUUCGCUUGGAAAAGACACGCCGACACCACAUUCAAAAUGGCCUCUAUCAUCGACUGCGCUGGACGUGGAUCAAAAUGUGCAUAAACAACAACGAGCCGUGGCUUUACACUCCAUCCUCAACGCUACAGGCUUCGGAGGCGCGAUGUCAUGAAUGUAUUGGACCGGGAGAAUCGGCGGGGUAUAUAAGAUGAGAGUUUGUUUUGCAGACAGCCCAGCCGAACCGGGGCGCCGCCGCUGCAGCAGGGCUUCAUCUGCCUUUCCGAGCCGCCGACACCUCCAGUGAGAUGGAAAAAGUGGAGGAUGCUGCUGAUGAGCCGGGACUCGCACCGUCCAUCGAUGUCAACGACAACCGGGAGGAGUACAAAGCACGCGUUUGCGUUUCAGACACCGAAAGCGCACGGGAAGGGUCUGUUUACGGUUCGGUUCAUGCGAAUCCGGGCGGUGCUGGACUGUCGUCUCUCUCCCCGGUGGUGGUGGUGGGGUGCAGGGCUGGAGUAUUAAACGGGUUUCCCGGGAAGCUGGAGGUGGAUAUGGUGUGUCCGGAUGGAGAGGGGGGAACCCGGUACGGCCCAGGGACUUCCGAAGCCGAGAGCGUGAAUAAACCCGACAAAGGCUAUUUAAAUUCGCAGCUGAGCUCUGCGGUGUCGUUUAUGGGUAAAAACGCGCCGGACACGAAGAUGCCUAAUGGACAUGUUACCCACGAGCACAUGGAUCACGAUCAGACUCAUUUAAGAUGUGUGGAUUACGCAGAAGGAUUCAACAGGAAGCUGCCUUCUUUGGACAGAGGUGUAAAAGUGGGCAAUGGGGGUUUGUUGAUUGUGAACAGUUAUGACACUCUGUCUCAAGUCCCCUUCAGAGCCUUGGGUGGCCUUCCGGCUCCAGAAAGCCGCGACUUUGUUCAUCAAAGGGGGGGUGUCCUCUCCGCAGGCAGGUCAUGUGAAAGGAUCAGUCGUGCCAGUGCUGAGAGCUCAGAGGAGGCCCAGCCCUGUGACCCGGAUCCCGCAGAUACCCUGUCAGACCUCAGUGCCAAGCUGUCCUUGUCUCCCCUGGCAGAAAACACCAGCGAUUACACCGAGACGGACCCGAGCCCGGAGGAGGAUUUUAGCGACCCUCCUCCGCUCAGGCCCCAGAACCUCCGCACUAACCCUGGUCACACAGUCUCCCUCAGCUGUGAUGCCACUCCUCUGAGCCCUGGGGACGAUGGGUAUUUUGGAGCAGAGGGCGGUGGGGAUGAAUGUCUCGGCUCUGUGAAAGCAUUUGAGGGCGGCCGGCGGCAGAGCGCCCCAGACAGGGUCGCCGGUGACACGGAUGCCUCUCCUGACCAGAUGCUUGGCACUAAGAAACACGGCAUUGCUGAGUUCCUGACCAGGAGUUUGUUUUCCUGGAAGUCCAAAGAAUCAAGGGCUGCAGCAUCCAACAGUGCUCCAGGAUGGAAGCUGUUUGGGACAAUUCCACUGCGGGACAACCUUCCAAAGGACUCUAAAACCAUACAACAGGAGUAUGAGACCAGGGUGGGACCUGCCACAGGACCACCCCCUCACCCUCAUCCAACGAGACGCAAGAAUCUGGAGUUUGAGCCAUUAUCCACGACUGCUCUCAUUUUGGAAGACAGACCUGCGAAUUUGCCUGCUAAAUCAGAAGAGGAAUCUCAGAGACACCGGCAGGAAUACAGUGAGAUGGUAGCAGGGGCCAAGAGAAGGGAGAUGAAAGAGGCACAGAAGAAAAAACGUCAAAUGAAAGAGCGAUACCGACAGGAGGAGAACAUUGCCAAUGCCAUGGUCAUCUGGAACACGGAAGUUCUGCCUAAUUGGGAAAGCAUGCGCAACACACGCCGUGUCCGAGACCUCUGGUGGCAAGGCGUCCCGCCCAGCGUCCGCGGGAAGGUCUGGAGCCUCGCCAUCGGGAAUGAGCUCAACAUCACCCCAGAACUGUAUGAGAUCUUCCUGUCCAGAGCCAAAGAGAAGUGGAGGAGCUUCAGUGAGACUAGUUCGGUGAAUGAAAAUGAAGAUUGUGGAGUGUCGCUGGCAGACAGAGAGUCGAGUCUGGAUUUAAUCAAGCUGGAUAUUUCCAGAACUUUCCCCUCUCUCUACAUAUUCCAGAAGGGUGGACCAUAUCAUGAUAUAUUGCACAGUGUGUUGGGGGCUUACACCUGUUACAGACCUGAUGUAGGCUAUGUUCAGGGGAUGUCUUUCAUUGCUGCUGUUCUAAUUCUGAAUUUGGAGGAAGCCGAUGCCUUCAUUGCCUUUGCCAACCUCCUUAACAAACCAUGCCAGAUGGCCUUCUUCAGAGUGGACCAUGACCUGAUGCUGAAGUAUUUUGCUGCGUUUGAGGUGUUUUUUGAGGAGAACCUUCCCAAAUUAUUCCAGCACUUUCAGAACAACAGCUUGACGCCUGACUUUUACCUCAUAGACUGGAUCUUUACUCUGUACAGCAAGUCAUUACCGCUGGACGUGGCAUGUCGUGUUUGGGAUGUGUUUUGCCGAGAUGGAGAAGAGGCGUUAUUCCGGACAGGACUGGGAAUUCUGAGGCUGUACCAGGAUGUUCUACUGCAGAUGGAUUUCAUCCAUAGUGCACAGUUCCUUUCCCGGCUGCCUGAAAACACACCUGCACAUGCACUCUUCUCCUGCAUCGCAAACACACAGAUGAUCAGUAACAACCGCCGGUGGAACCAGGUCUUUUCUGCUCUGAUGAAAGAUGGACUCAAAGAAACUGACAAAAGCAGCAGCAGCAGCAACAGUCCUGCCUUAAGAAGCUAACAGCUGACUCUGUCCCAGAGGAAGUGAUGAUUUUUCUGAGACUCUGAAGGGAUGGCGGUCAUCACUCAGCACUUUGACCUCUGCAGUGUGCCUGAGGGACAGCUCAGGCUCAGCCCUGAUGUGCUGAUUGUCCUGUCUGAAGAAUCUCCUAAUGAACUCAUGUCCUGUGGAAGGGACAUUUAUUCACUUGCGCUCGCGAGUGCGUUUAAUGCGUGUGUUUGUGUAAGAAUGAGCCCAAGAAAAAGAGAAAUGUGAGUCAGGUGAACGUAUAAUGUGCCAACUUUGUCAAUGUUACUUUUGUAAUGUUGUAACUAUAAGAAAACAAAUUAAUCAGAAUCGUUUACACGCAUAUAUACACACACACACACACACACACACACAUGCACUCAGAGGUCAGUGCCACAUUAUUUGAACACUUCUAUGGUUGAUGUAAACCAGCGGCAGGCUCUCUGUUAUACACACACACACACACAUACACACAAAAUAUAAACCUGCAGUAGCCUUUCAUUAGCCCAUACCAAAUGUGUUUCAGCUGUUUCUCUUCAUUUAUCUGAAUUCAGCCUGAUUGAUAUUUGAUAACACAUUCACCACUGACAGCAGGCAUAGAGCCACUGCGCUCUAUGACUAUUCUCAGUAUGUCCCAAAAACACACAGACCAAGAGCUAAUAAUCUGGAUUUCUAUUAACAGGUUCUGUCGGGUAUUAGCACUCCAGAUUUUCUUUGCUAUAAUAGGCUAUAUUUAAAGAUUUGAACACACUCCUAUAACACAUGUACACACACUAACCAAUCAGCGGCAAACAAGAUCAGCUUUUAGCUUUUGCACCUUCUACUACACUCCAAAUGAAUGAACCUUGACGUUUCCUGAUGUUUUUUCUGUUAUUUAAUGUCUUUUUUUUUUUUAUUUAAGUGUUGUUUCCCCUCUUCACACACCCAAUUUUUUUAAAACUCUCCUUCACUUGUACAGUCUCUUUUUUUUACGUGACAGCUAUUAAUGUGCGUUUCUGGUGUGAGGGCUCCAGCGUAGAUGUGGAAAAAUACCAGUAUUGGAGACCUGCUGUCUUCCAGUCUUUUUUUCACAUCUUGUAAAAUUUUAUGUUGCUUAGCAGUUUAUUAGAAGGUGCAAACCAGACAUGGAGUCAGUACGUCUUUGAAGAGUGCCAUUUGCAGAUCAUUGGAAAAUGUAUUUUAAAGUUUGCUGCUUGAUGAGAGGUUUAUGAUCCACUGUGUCCCAAUUUCAUUGUUUCAAACAUUAAAUAUAAUGAAAUACUGCUAAAGAAAAAA